AUGAAAUUCCUCCAAGUAGCCUCUGCUGUGACCGCAGCCGCCUUGUCAGCAUCGAGCAUUGUGGCUACGCCUCUCAAUGUGGAUGCUCUCAAUUACCCGGCGGGCGUGCAACGAUCUAUUCAAGCCAGAGACACAGAGCGUCUCGCCGAGCGCGGUAGUACCGCGGCUCCCUCUCCGCUCUCCAACUAUCAGCAAUAUACUUUCCCUGCCCAACUUGCACAAGCAGCCUACUGCGGUCAGCCUGUGGGAGCCAAAGUCGGCGACGCUACGCUGCUCUGGACCGCGGGCGAUGGUCGAUCCACGCCCAUGGUGUUUGUAGCUUACUCGCCUAGCCAAGGUGUCAUCGUCUCGCAUCAGGGCACCAACACGUCGUCCUUCUCUUCGAUCCUCAACGAUGCCGACUUUGGACAAGACCCGAUCAACUCGCGGCUGUCCUACCUUGGCAACGUCGAGGUUCACGGAGGCUUCCAGGACACGUGGCUGCGUACAGCCGACUCUGUGCUGGCACAGGUCAAGUCAGCGCUUGCCUCGCAUCCCGGUUCUCGCGUCUUGACUGUCGGUCACUCGCUCGGCGCUGCCAUCUCGCUGCUCGAUGCGCUCUAUCUCAAGAAGCAGUUGCCGUCGAACUCGGUCAGGUCGAUCGUCUUUGGUCAGCCAAGAACCGGUGACCAGGCAUUUGCCAAUGCCGUCGACGCCAACCUGCCCGGGUUUGUACACAUCAACAAUGGACAUGAUCCCGUACCUCGUCUACCUCCAGCGCUCGACUACAAGCAUUCGCAGGGUGAGAUCUGGAUCAACCCGUCCAACUCCAACACCGCCGUCACCUGUCCCGGUCAGGAGAACCAGAACUGCAUCGAUUCGGUCAGCCCCUUCCACUAUGAACUGGAUGAUCACACAGGCACGUACUUCAACGUCCACAUUGCAGGAAGAGGCGAAAAUUGUCCUGCCGUCAUCAACUCCUAA